AUGAUUCAACUAAAGACGAUGCUGAACUGCAUCGACAACUCGGGCGCCGCCGUGGUCGAGUGUGUCCAGGUCUUGAAGAAGAAGCGCCCCGCCACCGUUGGCGACCGCAUCGUCGUGGUCGUUCAGAAGCAGCGUAGCUUCGGCUCCGACUCGACAGGAAAUUCCGGUAUCGCGAACAAGGUCCGUCGUGGUGAUAUUCGUCACGCCGUCGUCGUUCGCGCCAGAAAGGAAAUGCAGCGCCCCGAUGGUUCGAUCGUCCGCUUCGAUGACAAUGCCUGUGUCCUGAUCAACAAGGCUGGCGAGCCCAUCGGAACCAGAAUGAACGGCGUCGUGGCUACGGAAUUACGAGGAAGACAGUGGUCGAAGAUUUUGUCAUUGGCGCCCAUGCAUGUAUAA